AUGCAGCAGAAAAUGUUAGACUUGGUUCAUGAAUCUCAUCUUGGUAUCGUGAAGUGCAAGAGUAGAGCACGGGAGUCUAUGUAUUGGCCGGGCAUGGCAGCGCAAAUAGAGAAUAAAAUAUCCCAGUGUAUAAUUUGUGCUGAAGUUCAGAAUUCCAAUCCAAAGGAACCAAUGACGUGUACAGAGUUACCAGAUCGUCCAUGGUCCAAGAUAGCAUCUGACAUUUUUGUAUACAAGCAGAACCAUUACCUACUCACUGUAGAUUAUUACUCGAAAUGGCCAGAGAUAAUCAUCUUAAAAGACCUUUCAUCACUACAAGUCAUCAACUCGCUUAAAAGCAUGUAUUCCAAGUACGGGAUUCCUGAUGAGUUAGUGUCAGACAAUGGUCCUCAGUAUGCGAGCAAGGAGUUCAAAGAUUUUACCAAAGAGUAUGAAUUUACACACACAACAUUUAGUCCAUUGUAUCCUAAAUCUAAUGGACAGGCGGAGAGAAUGGUGCAGACAGUCAAGCGGCUUCUCAAGAAAAACACAGACCCUUACAAAGCGUUGAUGGAUUAUCGCAACACAGAAAUCCAAGGACUAGGACAGUCACCCUCACAGAUGUUUCUAGGACGUCGUCUGAAAACAAACUUACCUAUUGCAGCAGAUCUACUUCGUCCUAAGGACAACAACAUGCAGAAGAAACUAGAAGCCAGACAGUUGCAGUACAAGAAAAUUUAUGAUCGCACAGGAACUAAGAGUCUUCCGAAUUUGGACACAGGAGAUAACGUUAUGCUACAAGAUGGCAAAACAUGGAGACACGCGACCGUGGAAUCCAAAAUACCACUACCAAAAUCCUUUAUCGUAUCGUGUGAUGGGAAAAAGUAUCGUCGAAACCGCUGUAUGCUGAAAAAGACAAAUUCCGUAAAACCCACACAGGAAAUCAGUGAGGAUUUCGAUUUCCAGAUUCCAGAGAGUAGUGCUGAAGAACAUGUUCCGCUAAAGCCGUCUUCAGAGUCUCGCGAGUGCGCAAAACAAUCUCCAGAUGAAACCGUCAAAACCAGAUCAGGACGUCCUGUGAAUGUUCCAUCCAAAUUUGCAGAAUAUGUUAUGCAACCAGUUUAA